AUGCCCGUUGACAACGCACACGGCGACGCGUCAGCAGAGUCCUCCUCGCCCGGGAUUUUACCCGAAGAACUCAAAGGCCCGCUGCGCACGGCCGCCGAGCCGCUGCGGCAGAUCCUCGAAGACACAGCGCAGCAGCUCCUGCCGCGGCGCUUCGACUGGCAGGGCAACCAGCACACGCGGACAUACGACGAGCUGGUUAAAGAACACCCCCACAUAGCCGGCAGCGAGCUCCUGAACAUCGUACAGGCCAUUGCCAACCGCGACAGCUCGGCACUGCUGACAGCGGGGGGAACCGUUCUUGGCCGCACACACAAAGCGCCGCCCACGAGCAGCGGCGUGGAAAACUCGCUGGUAAACAAGCUCCGCAGCCGCAGUGCAAACCUAGCCCAGUCGCCGAUGAACCGGUCCACGCGGCUGCCGCUCUCGGUACUUGCGUCGUUCAGAAAGCUCGUGCGGUGCCACGGGCACAAGUACCCGACAUACUGCGUGCUGUUCGACCGCACAGGUCGGCGGAUGAUCACGGGCAGCGACGACUUUCUGAUCAAAAUAUGGUGUACGCGGACAGGGUACCUGGUCAAGACCUUCAAGGGCCACCAGGGCAUGGUGUCUGAUAUAGCGCUGAACAUGGAGAACACACUCCUGGCUUCAGCGUCGACAGACGGGUCGGUGCGCAUAUGGAAUCUAAAAACAGGCGAGCCGCGCGCCGUGCUCGUGGCCAAUCCGCAGGGCCGUAACAAGAGCAUCACGGCGGUCAGGUUUUCGCCCUCGCCUGUGCCCGAGAUCCGCUUCCUCGCCUCGACAUGCGAUGCUGGGCUCUGCCGCCUCUACCGCUGGAACCGCGACACGCUGGUCUUCGACACCAACCCGAUAGUCAUCGAUGCUCGCUCGGAGCCGCGCGACACCGUGUCUUCGUUCGCUUUCAACCACACGGGCUCGCGACUAGCCAUUUCCACGGUCAAGGGGUACGUCAGCAUAUACUCGACCAUCGCCGGCGCAGUCAACGCCGAUGGUGGCGGCGCCGCUGGCUGGGGCGAGCCCAAGCUCAUCAGCCGCAUUGCAGCCCACGACGAGAGCAUCACAACACUGGUGUUUAGCAGCGAUGGUGAGAUGUUCUUGACUGGAUCUAUUGACGGGACAGUCAAGGUCUGGAGAUGCAGCAGCACGGAUAUUAAGUGGACCUCAGUGACGAUCGAUGUCAAGGAGCCCAUCCCGGCGCCAGGGGACGCGCCCGAGCCGGCGCUGGACGACCUGGACAACGAUGUCCCCAGGCCAUCGGCUGCUGCGACAACAUCGGGUGCUGCUGCUGAUGCCGCAUUGGCAGUGGAGGCAGCAGCUGUGGCGGCCACGCAGUCCGCGGAGCAAGCUGCUGAAGCGAUCGCUGCGCUCGGAACACUGACGGACGCCAUCGCGGCGGGCAACGUCACUGCGGUCCAUCAGUUUCAACAAAGCAUGGCGGUGGGCAGUGUUGUGACACCAGCACCGCAGUUUUCCAGCCAGGCAGAUUCAGCGCCCAUUCCCAGUGCGGCAAUGCUCGCUCUUCCAAAUAUUCUUCUCCCGAUCCAGCCGAUAACAGCCCUGCACGACCUGCCUACAUCCGGUACCGCGAACGGAGGCGCGGUAGAGCUGGUCUCAGACAACACGCUCACAGCUCCUGCCAACGCCGAACUCAAUGCACCGCCGCCAGCAGUCGCGCCAAUGGCGCGCGUCGAGACCAACCAGGUAGCCUGGGCGUGCAACAGCAUGCGCAUCAUUGCCAGCAACAAUACAGGCACCGUAUUUGCGAUCGAUCCGCGCACUGGAAAGAUCUGCUGGCAGCGGCGGGCGCACAGCGUGGCCGAGGUUUACGUGCUCAUCCCACACCCGACGGACCCGCGCAUCGCAGUCUCAGGCGGCUACGACGGCCGGGCAAUCAUAUGGAACGUCGAUACUGGCGAUAUUCUGCGCGAGUUUAGGGUGGGCGAGCUGCUGUUUGACGGUUCGUUCUCUGAGGACGGGCUCAGCUUUGCCCUGACCAGCGAUAGCGGCGCCGCCAUGCUGUUUGGGCUUGGGCCUGAGUGGGCCUAUGACGACGCCAACAAGAUGCACGAGCAGAUGUUUGCCAACGACUAUACGGCGACCAUAAUGGAUGAGAACCACUUUGUCGCCGACCAGCAGUCACAAAUCCCGUCUUAUCUGGUGCCGCACAGCGCGCUGAUGGACUUUGACGGCCGCUUCGGCCGGGAGGAGUCCGGCCGCAGGGCAGCUCUCGAGAUUGAGCUUAAGCACGCGUACCUCGACAAUCGCGCUGCACAGGCGCCGAUCGCCGAAGUGAGACCGGCACGCGGUCGCCGUCGCCGAAGCAGACCUAUGGUGCGCACUACCACUAUCGAAGAGCUCCCUGAGGCCGACUGCCCGUUAUUCUGCCCAGGAGACGAGGAAGAAGAAGAAGAGGAGGAGGAUGAGGAGGACGAGGCGCCGCUGAUGCGAUGCCUGGAGGAACCACUGAGGCUGGCACGCGGCGCUUCGUUCGACCCUAAUGUCAGGAGAUCAGCGCUGGAGCUUUUGCGGAGCCGCCACAACUCGGAAAACUCGACGCGGUCGCAAAGAAAUGUGUCUCAGCGGUCGAUCACCUGGCGCUCGGCACGCCGAACCAUUGGCGAAGAUGACGACGAUGACGACGACGAUGAUGUCAACAUUGAAACUUCCAGUGACCAAGGCGACAAUACAAUGGAUGUCGACGGCAAUGAUGCGGGUAUGCCUGUCGGCAGCGGCAGGCGGCCUGUGCGUACGAGCGGUCGCAUAAGGCGCACACGUCGCGGGGCAUUUUCAGACGAUGAGGAUGCCUUCGACACGAAGCCAGUGGUACAAAUGUCCGUCGACUCGCGGUCGCCGCAGCUACCGCAACCGCAUCUCAGAUCACCCCCGGCCGAGGAACCCAUGACAUCCGACGACGACUUUAGACCCAACAGGGUUCUGCUUGGAAAUGUCAGCAGUGGUACGCCGACAGGCCUGCUCCUCGCCGCAGGGGCAGACCUCCUCUCAAUAGACAGACCAGCGUUGUCAAUGUACGCAUCCCGCGCAAGCCGCCGCGUUGCCAGUGACUCGGAGGAAGAUCAAGGUAGUGCCAGUAUUAACAACGAGAGCACCGCGUCGUCGGAGUUUGCCGCACCCAGGUCUCGCCCGCGCGCUGCUGCUGUUGGUGCCGAGGUAAAUGUGGAUAUCAUGGCCAGCUCCGACUCGGACAACUCUGACCGCCAACCGGCUUCGUCUGGGCCAGCAGUUCAAUGUGCGUCGCAGGAGGCUGAGGACAGCCUGCGCACCCGGCUGCGCACCACUCGCAUUGGCAGCAACAGAUUCAUGGGAAAUGGCAACGAUGGCUACGCUGACCAGCCGCAACGCGACUCAUUAGGAAACCACACUGUGGCAGCGUCUGCACUGUGUAUUCAAGGAUCAGCGUACGCUGCCGGCACCCCGACCAGCGAGGGGUCCUUCGACUCGGAGAACGGCGCGGGACGUCUGCUGAGAGUUCGCGGCAGCGGCGGAGCAAUCGACACGGCAGCAGCAGGUACCGCGAGUCGCGGAAGCCGCGGCGACGGCAGCACUGUGCAGCAGGCAUCAAUCGGAUUCAGCACUCACGCCGCCGCAAAGGCGGCCACCCCCGAGCUGCGCAUCGGCAGUUUGUACGAGCCGACUGACUGGGUUCUCGCCACGGCGCCCAGCACCGUGCCCUACCGGCCGCAGGAGGGCCACGAGGACUUUUGGGCAAGCCCCUCGCGGUCGCUCCCAGUGGCUGUAUAUGGAAAGGUGGUUAGCCUGCGGUAUGCCGUGGGCCCGCCAACCUAUUGCACAGUCAAAGUGCAGCUGCUCAAGAACCAGUCCAUCGAGGAAAUGGACCUGGAGGCGCAGGGCGACCAUGAGAUGACGCGCAAGUACAUUCAAGUGCAGUACCACGACUGCGACGGCGUGCCAGACUUUUUGAUCCUCUAUUCUCGGUACCGCGCAUCCCUGCGCAGCGCGCUCAAGUGCGGCGAUCCGGUCGAGGCGGUUAUCACAGGAUUCCGCGACAUCAAGCCGACCUCGCGGCAGACCAAUGUGACACGGCUGAUUGCGCGCAACCCCUGGAAGAGCGUCAUCGUCGAAUGGGCUCAUGCAGACAGCGAUUCUAAUGCGGACGGCGAGAGCAAGACCGAGCAGGUCUCGCCCUGGGAGCUCGUCUACGACGACGACAAUGCCGAGCAGGAGAUCCCGCACGAGACCAAGGCUGCCCUGCUCAACAUUGUCGACCGGUUGCGCGAAAUCAAUGACUUUGAGUGGUUCGCCAAGAACGUCGAUUACCGUAACAACUACCCGGACUACCUGCUGAACAUUGCUUACCCAAUGUGCCUGGACACUGUAUAUGAGCGUCUGAAGAACGGCUUUUACCGCCAUAUCUACGCCGUGUCCUUUGACAUUUCGCUGAUACAGGAGAACGCAGACACCUUUAACGAUCCGGGAACGCUGGUGCCGAUAGCCGCACAGCGGAUGACGGCGCAGUACCGGCUGAUGCUCAACCAGGCCAUUGGCAGUACCAACGAUGGCAAUGAUAGUGAUGAUUCGGCGGCGGGACAUCUCAGCAAAGUUUGCCGUCGGUUGACAUCAACGGUGCGCGCGGGAGACGCGGCGGCAGCAGCUGUGUCGGCAGUGUAUAUUAAGAGCGAGAGUCCAAUUAAUACACGGCAGUCGCGCAAACGCAAGUCCCGGUCACCCAGCCGUUCUGUUCGCAGGUCUUCUCGCCGGCGCAUCGAGAAUGAUUCGGACGGAUCGGACUAUGCGUUAGAUGUUGGAGGAGCAGAUCCCGCUGUAGACGACAGCGAUGUGCAAUUCAAUGAAAAUCAGGGCGAAUACGAUGAUGAUGAAGAAGAUGGUGAUCACGACAGACAUGGCAGCCAUGAAGAGGAUGACGAUGACGAUGACGACGAUGACGACGACGAUCUGUACGCCUGA